UGACUUUAACAGAGACAGGAUCCAGACAAACGUAUGUAGUUUAGCUAAUAGUCAGUCCGUUGAAACCAUUGCAGGAAAAAAAAAAAAAAAAAAAGUAUGAACACAAAAGACAAACAAUUCAUGGAGGAGCUCGGGUGUAAAACAGCUGACAAGACAGACUUAUAAAGGUUAACUAUGCAGGAAUUUAGUUUAUUAGUGUUAGCAGCAGGGAGGGUCGGGAUCAGCUAACACAAGGGGGAGCGUCGUCUAUUUGAGCCCACUUUAAAUGACCUGGUUCAUGAGUUAAAGUGUCUUGUCAAUAUUAACAACAACAAAAAUUUUUAGCUUGUUAAAAAAAAAACUUCUAACAAAAAUGUGUAUUUAGCUGCUGAUAGUAGCGGUUUUUCUAGCAACAAGACAUGUCUAAACCAGUGGUAAAUCCCAGCAGAGAUGCUAACGUAGCAUAGCCACUCUAAAGUGCUGAGCACCAGCUGAUACGGCUGACAGUAAUCCCAAACUAAUUUUUUCCCGUUGAUAUCAUUUUGUGUUUACACCUAACCGUUAGCUAUCUUUUGUCUAUCUGUUACCUUUGUGGUCUGGUAGCCGAGGGCGUACAUGAUAUGGACGUAGAAUUGGACACGGCCGUCCAGUUCUGUCUGCUUCUGAUUCAUUUUUCUCAACGUUUCCCAGGCCCGUCACUGUUUUCCUUCAGCUGUGGCGUCCACUCAGAUUCUUACAGAGUCCUAAUCACAUUUAAAUCCCCGGUUUUACCUCAGAAAAUCCCAGAAAAAGUGCCUUCAAAUCUCAAACAGAUGAUUUGGUGAGUGUUGGGUAGCCUUAGCAUCUGUGGUUAUCUAAGUGAUAUCUGUAAAAACAGUGACUUUUUUCCCCCCUUAAAUAUUUCCUGAAGUUUGUAAAGCAAACAAUCAGGAAUCGUAGCCCCAUGCUGAAACAGCUGCAGAAAAUGAAGUGACUGUUCCAGGAUGAGACGACUCCGCACGUCAAGUCCUAUAUCCUCCACAUUAAGACACUCCAACCUUUUCCAAGGUCACAAACUUUCUCCAAACCGUGAAAAACAAAUGUUUUGAAUGGAAGAAAAAUAGAGGAAAACUGAAGGGAGUCAAUCGUAGAGAAAACGUAGUGUUAGCUUUGGUUUCCUUUCUUUUAAUAAAAAAAGUGCUUUAACUUUAAGCUGUUUUUUUUUGCCCAUUCUUGGUUUAAACCUUUAGCUAUCUGCUAACUACUGCUUUUCCUUCUGCUAUUUUUCUUUACGAGUACACCUUCCCAAUUUUUUAUUUUCAUUAACAAUCAACAAAACCUGUUGUUUAGCUGUUAGCUAGCUUGUAGCUAACAUUUUACAAAGAUUCAGGGAUAGAUCUUAGCUAUUUUGGCUACAAAGUUUGGAAUAACUGGUUAUAUUUGUGCCACGUUGUGGUCUGUUUUUACUACUUCUACUCUAUCUUUUAGCAUUUUAGGCUACAUGGUUUGCUAGCACCUUGUGUUGCUGUGAUUUGCCUUUACAUGUUUGCUUAAAUCAUUAAAGUUAAAUUUAGGUUUUUGUUUAAUAUAAUGGAAAGUUCUGUGUCAUCUGGAUUAUAAUGCAAACAAAAAGGAUGAAAUGUUUCAUAGAAAUGUAGCCACCAUUAAAUGACCUGGUUUUUAUUUGUCAUGUAUAUUGUAUCUGUGGUUUCAUGAAAAAGAUAUAAACAUCCAAGCUGUAGAGAAAAAAAACUGUUAAAGUGAGUCAUUAAAUUAUGACAUUGGACUUUAAUCUAGUCACAGUUAUGGAAAUGUCAGGAUUAAAAAAAAAAAACUAAGAGAAUUCAAAGUCCAGAGUAAAUAGAUAGUGAUUCAGUCAAAGUCAUCUUUAUGGAGGAAACGGAAAAAUUGAUGACUAAGAAAAGGUGGAAAAACCCAGGGUGGAGGAGAGACUACAACAUGAAAACCUCCAUAUCCAGGUUUCAUCGUUUCUCUCUACAGUCACUCCCCCUCUUUCUCUCUCUCUCUCUCCCGCUCUCUCUCAGCUGCUCGCCCUCCCCUCUCUUCCUGUGGAUGGUGUUGCUCUCUCUGUCUCCCUCUCUCUCUUUCUCAGUCUGGUGGAGCCGCACACAGGGAUUAGAGGGUUGCUGUGAGUGUGUGCUCACAGGAGGAGAGGAACCAGCCACAAGACAGAGAUACAACAAAAAGAACCUCUGCUGUGGUGGAUAAAGUGAUCUGAGCUACAUUUUCCUCGGGUCCGUUGCAGCCCGCGCCGUUUGAAGCUCCACUCAGGCUUCACCUGGAGCAAGACACAAACACCAAGGGACUAUUUAUCCUGGAUCCAACACUGGGAGCCAUUCUGCCUGCUUGAUUGGGUCUGGAACUGUGCACUUUUCAGGGGAACUUGGUGCGUGUGCGUCUGUGUGCGUGCGUGCGUUUGCGUGUGUCUCAGCCCCAGUGGGAGACGGACGCUCAUCCCAGGGCGGGGGACUGCUCGGGGUUCGAGUGCCCCCUGGUCUGGAGGCCAGACAGCAGCAGCUCUCCAGCACCAUGGAUUACCUGUUUGGGAUUGUAGUGCUGCUGUGUGGGGCGGUGCAUGUGGGAAGAGGAGGUGAGCCCAGGCACAACGUCCCCAGACUAAAGCUGUCCUUCAAAGAAAUGUUGGACUCCAGUAACCUCAUCACCUUCAAUGGCCUGGCCAACAGCUCGGGCUACGACACCUUCCUCUUGGACGAGGAGCGUGGGAGGCUACUGGUGGGAGCCGAAGACCACAUCUUCUCCUUCGACCUCGUCAACAUCAACCGAGACCACAAACAGAUUGCUUGGCCUGCGACUCCUUCCAAGAGGGACGAGUGCAAGUGGGCAGGAAAGGACUAUGUGAAAGAGUUUUCGAACUACAUCAGGGUGCUGCAGUCCUUCAACCAGACCCACAUGUACAUCUGUGGAACAGGAGCUUUUCACCCCAUCUGUGCAUAUCUGGAAAUGGGCAAGAAGGCAGAGGACAACAUCUUCAGGCUGGGCCCUCAUUUUGAGAACGGCCGUGGAAAAAGCCCCUACGACCCUAAGAUGCUGUCAGCCUCGCUCCUGAUCGAUGGAGAGCUGUACUCUGGCACAUCUGCCGAUUUCAUGGGAAGGGACUUUGCUAUUUUCCGUACCCUGGGAGACCAACAUCCAAUCAGGACAGAGCAGCAUGAUUCAAGAUGGCUGAAUGACCCCAGAUUCAUCGGCGUCAGCCUCGUCCCAGAGAGCGAUAACCCCGAAGACGACAAGAUUUUCCUGUUUUUCAAGGAGAACGCCAUGGAUGGGGAGCACACGGGGAAGGCCACCAUCGCCAGGAUAGGACAACUGUGUAAGAAUGACAUGGGAGGCCACAGGAGUCUGGUCAACAAGUGGACCACGUUCCUCAAGGCUCGCCUGAUGUGUUCAGUCCCCGGGGCGAAUGGCAUCGACACACACUUCGACGAGCUACAGGACGUGUUUCUCAUGAGCUCCAAGGAUCCCAAAAAUCCUGUGAUUUACGCCGUGUUUACCACAUCCAGUAACAUCUUUAAAGGUUCGGCCGUGUGUAUGUACAACAUGGCAGACAUCCGUAGGGUUUUCCUGGGACCCUACGCCCACAGGGAUGGACCCAACUACCAGUGGGUUCCUUUCCAAGGGAGGGUUCCUUACCCCCGCCCUGGAACAUGUCCCAGUAAAACCUUUGGAGGGUUCGACUCCACCAAGGACCUCCCCGAUGAUGUCAUCACUUUCGCUCGGGGUCACCCAGCCAUGUACAACCCAGUGCAUCCCAUCGGGGGGCGCCCCAUCAUGGUGAGGACAGAUGUGGACUACCAGUUCACCCAGCUGGUGGUGGACAGAGUGGAGGCAGAGGACGGACAGUAUGACGUCAUGUUCAUCGGCACAGAUAUGGGAACAGUGCUAAAAGUGGUGACGAUCCCCAGAGAGAGUUGGCAUGACCUAGAAGAGGUGGUGCUGGAGGAGAUGACUGUCUUCAGGGAGCCAACUCCCAUUACUGCCAUGGAGCUGUCCACCAAGCAGCAACAGCUGUACCUUGGCUCGGCCCUGGGCGUAUCGCAGAUGUCCUUGCAUCGUUGUGAAGUGUAUGGGAAAGCCUGCGCCGAGUGCUGCUUAGCCAGGGAUCCUUACUGCGCCUGGGACGGCACCGAGUGCUCCAGAUACUUUCCGACCGCCAAGAGGCGUACGAGACGACAGGACAUCAGAAACGGAGAUCCCCUCUCACAGUGCUCCGAUCUUCAGCAUCACGACGACACAGAUGGAUUUGGAGGCACGGUGGAGGACAGGAAUGUGUUCGGCGUGGAGAACAGCAGCAUGUUCCUGGAGUGUAGCCCCAAAUCUCAGAGAGCACUCAUCUACUGGCAGCUGCAGAAGCUCAAUGAUGAUCGGAAGCUAGAGAUUAAACUGGAUGACCGAGUGCUUCGUACAGAGCAGGGUCUGCUCAUCCGCACUCUGACCCAGGCGGACACAGGGGUGUACCACUGCCAGGCCGUGGAACAUGGCUUCAUCCAACCUCUUCUGCGCUUGAACCUCCAAGUCAUCCCCGCACAGAAACUGGGCGACAUCCUCCCAGGGUUCCCAGGCCUGGGUGGUGGUGGUGGUGGUGGUGGAGGUGGUGGAGGAGGUGGAGGUGGUGGAGGAGGUGGAGGAGGUGGUGGUCAGUCUGCCAAGCACAGGAUGUGGUACCGAGAUUUCCUCUCCCUGCUGGACCACCCUGACCUCAACAGCGUGGAAGAGUUUUGUGAUCGAGUUUGGAAGAAGGACCGCAAACAGAAGAAGGUGAAGGUGCCCAACGUUUAUGACCACGGCAAAGCCGACAGCACAGGGGCCUUACGGCCUCGAACCUUAGCCCUGAACGCUCAGAAGCAGCACGGCGCUCCACCACAGGGCAGGUCAUGGCACCAGUCUGGCGCUUCAACUACAGAAGGGCCAGAGAAGAGCCAGAGAGCUCAAACAAAUCUGGGCGGCCAGGCUGCAAAGAACAGCCCGAAGAUGCAGAACAGCCAGAGGGGGCAGCAGGGACAUCUGGCUGGUUCCCAAGUGGUGGGCGUGUCUCGAGUGGCCAGCAGCCAGCACGCGGCCAAGUGGCGACGGAUGCAGGAAAACAAGAAGGGACGCAACAGGAGGACCCACGAGCUCCAGAGACCUCCACGGAGUGUCUGAAAAAAAGGGAAGCACAGAGAUGCACGCGACCGCGACGACACACACACACAAGCACAAAACCCAUGCAUCCACACAUACUGUAGUCACACAAACACGCUGUGUUAAGAUUCAGUGACGUCUGCGGCGGUGGCAGCGGCGGCGGCGGCAGCAGCAGCCAGAACAAUGAAGUAACCAACACACUUUAUAGGUAGAUGUUCAUGUAACAACAGUGAAGCUGUCAUUCAAAGACUCAUUCACAAACACAUUUAACCUUGGACGUGUACAGAGAUGAAGAGAGGACGGAGGAGGAGGAGGAGCUGGAGAUCCUGUAAAUGUGUGAGCAUGUGGUUGGUUGCCUGGGAUACUGUCUGGCAGACACUUCAACCUCCUGUACAUAAGCUACUAAAAUAAGACUGCGAGUGAAAAAAUGUUGACUGUGGAGUUGGUGGAUAAGCAGAUGGACCCUAAUACGCUGAGAGGACAGUUGUGUGGACAUGAAUAGAUUACAGUGGGUGGACAUUGGUGAAUGCAGAAAUGAUGAUGCGACCUGCUGCCCUCUCUGACCGGAGCAUGUGAACGUCCACAGGAACAGAUGACAGACUACAUAUUUGGAAGACAUGAAUUUUUCCAGAGGAAAAGGAACCUCCUGUCCCGUCUUUUAAAGUCAGUCCAAACAGCAGCACACUCACAGAAAUGAGGCCGUUUUCAACACGUGGUGCCCGUUGUUCCAGGUCACCGAGUAUCGUCAGAAGGAAAACAAAGAACAUUUGGUCCCAUGUAGAAUGAGUUGACUCAUUUCGAGCUAUUUGCACACACCCUGGCUGUUACAAAAUUAAUCAAUAGGGGGCGGUAGAUGAGGCUUUUUUCCUCUUUGUUUGCUCGAAAUGUUAUUACAAGUGCUGUCCAACGAACACAGGUACCUAUGAAUACUUAGUACCCUGUUUGCACAGCAGCUUCAGACACCUGCUCAGUAACAGCCCACAGAGCUGGAGACACAACUUUAGACAAUGUGCUGCUUCUAAUUUACUCAAAAUAUAAUCACAAAUGCUGUGCAACAGGAAUCACUUUCUUAGUAAAUAUGAAAGACCAGUUCACACUGAUUGCAGAUAACUGUGUACCGCUGUUUCCCACAAUCCCCUUUGGCUGCAGUUAAAACCUGUGUGGCUUCAUAAUCAUGGUUUUAAUAUCUGUGAAAACUGUUGAGAAAAAGGUUUAAUCAACAAUGUAGCAUAAAAAUAGGAACUAGCCUAAAAUAUCCUACAAUCCUACAAUAGUUCCAUGUACUACUUAGGGUGUCCAAACAACAUUUGACUGUUCUUAGUCAAGGUGAUCAAAUCUUGUCCAGCCCACAUGGGUUACAUAGGCUACGGGGCGCAGCCUUCUCUAUGGUGUAUUCCUAUUGUAAUGUGAUGUAUGUUUCAUAGCACUUGUAAUAAUAUUUUGAGCAGAAGAAGCAAAAGAAGAAAAUGAAAACAGCACAGUCACCAUGCCACCACAUGGUGUCGCUCAGUAACAUCAGUGGUGUGUUCACAGACACCUGGGACAUCAGUCUGUUUAUUUUCCUACUGCCGUUACUACAUGACAUUGAACAACAAUGUAUUUCUCGAAAACAGCUGGAACGCUCUUUGAAGGGAAAGGGAGAAAAAAGGGAAGAGUUUGUGGCCCACUUUGUGGUGUGCACACCCUGCAGCCGUGGCCCACAUCUUGUCUAAAACCAGAGAAUACAUGCAAAUCCUGCAAAAGUCAAGGAAAAGUGCUUCAUCUCCACCUCCCUCCACCUGAGGCUGGUCAAAGCAUUUUAGCAUGUUGUUGCCAAUCAAUGUUUUAAUAAGCUACUCAUUCUAUGGAAUUCUGGGAGAUUUAUUUUUCAACUCCCGUCCUUUGAGACAAAAAAUAUAUAUCUCUAUAUGUUACUACAUAUAUAUUUUCUUUCCAUUUCCAAAGCGAGCGGUUUUAUUUUCUGGCAACAACGAAAAGAAGAAACGGGCUACACACAAGUUUCAUUGUGCAUUACUCCCACUCCCCUCUGCCCUCUGCCCUCUGCCCCUGAGGAUUCUGGGUAACUUAUUCUGUUGUUGCUUUUCCUGGGAUUUAUUGAGUCUGGGCAUGAAUUCCAGUUGUAGACUCUACAAAGAAAACAGAAAAUCCCAGUCUGGAUUUGACUGCCACUUGUUUUUGUGUACAUAUAUACAACCAAACUAACUCUCUGUGUAUAUACAGUACAUAUACAGUACAAAAAAACACCACUUGAUUAUUAUUUAUUGUUCAUUGUUUUUUUUUUUGUGAAAGGGUUGCAUUUAUUUUUGAUAUUACGGUAUUUUUGGCUCAUCGAUUAUAUUUGGAGAAACAAUGACGACAACAGUGACUAAGAGAAAGUUUUGAUGGACCAACGGACUGAAACAGAUCAGGAAGUAGAACGGGGGUUCUAGUCCCGCCAACUGAUAAGCACAAUUUUGUCUCUUUUUCUGCCAUAACAUCAUUUUAUUUGCCUGUUACCUGUUUUUCCUGACAUGUCUUUUUACUCAUGGCCGUUACAUGUAAAAUAAUUCCCCAAAAUUAAAAAAAAAAAAACCUUAGCUGUGAAUCUCUGUAAGAAAUAGUGGAGAAAAAAAUGUUAACUGUAGUCUGAGGAGAAGACUCAUUGUACUGCAUGUGAAUGCUACCUACAGUAAGUGCAUACUUUUUAUCGUCUCUUUAUGUGUUUCGUGUGCCAGGUUAAAGUUCCCUUAAAUCAAAGUGUGAAUUUUUCUUUUCUUUUUUUUCUCGUUUUCUUCCAAAAGCAGUGACGUUAGCGACUUUAUAAUGAUCUCUGAUUCCACUACAGUGACCCCCGUCCCCCAUGUCCCCUCUCCAACCUAAAAACUGUCUUCCUCGUCCCUUUGACACACAAGCCGCGACUUAAAAGGUGUCAAUGCAAUAAAUUAGAGCAGAUAUUGUUCUGUUUCACCAGGAGUCACAACAGAGUUUGGUGUUUCAUUAAUUCUGGUCUCUUCCCUCAGAGUUAGAAAAGCAAGAACUGAAAGUUACCGUCGCUGUAACGCGGUUCUUUCUGGCAUGCAUUCAGUUGUCUAAAUAAACAUCUCCGUUACAAAAAAAA